AUGUUACGUUCAUUAAAUCGUAUUUAUUCCAACAAAUUAGUUUUUAAAAAAGCUAUUAAUUGUAACAAUUCUCUUCGGUGGCAUUCAACUUGUAAUUAUGGCGUAUGCUUAGAUAUCGACGGUGUUUUGAUCAAGGGUGAUACGGUAGUUCCUGAGGCAAGAGCUGCAUUAGAUUUUCUGGAUGGAAAUAACAUGGCUAAAAAAAAGAUUCCUUUCAUUGUAUUAACGAAUGGUGGUGGUGUCACAGAAAAGAAAAAGGCCAAAGAACUUUCUAAAUUGCUUGAAUUUGAUUUAUCGGAAGAGCAAGUUGUAUUAUCACAUUCACCUAUGAGAUCAUUAGUUUCCAUAUAUCAAAAUUCUCAAGUGUUGGUAUUAGGAGGUGCAUCCGACAAUUGUAGGAAGGUUGCGGAAAGUUAUGGGUUUAAUCAAGUUGUAUUGCCAAAUGAUAUUCUAGCGUGGAAUCCAAGUAUUUGGCCAUUUACUAAAUUAGGACGAGAAGAUUUAAAAUUAACAAAGAAAGUUGAUUUUUCAAGAGAAUCAAUAGUCGCAAUUAUGAUGUUUCACGAUAGCCGUGAUUGGGGACGAGAUUUACAAAUCACUUUAGAUGUAUUAAGAAGUAGAGAUGGAUAUGUUGGGACAUUGAGAAAGGAAAAUGAAGUAACUUCACGUGCCGUUCCAAUAUACUUCUCAAAUCCCGAUAUUAUUUGGGCAAAUGAUUAUCCAGUUCCUAGAUAUGCUCAAGGAUCAUUUAGGAAAUGUUUGGAGCUUUUGUUUCAGGACACAACAGGUCAUAAGCUUAAAUAUAAAUUAUUUGGAAAACCGGAACCCAUAACAUAUAUGUAUGCAGCAAAGAAGUUGGAAGAUUUCGCUGCGGAGUAUACAGGAGAGAGAAUAUCGAACAGGAAAAUUUAUG